UGUCCCUGAAAUUUGGAUGCCUGUGAAUGCCUUGCAAUCAAUCCCAGAGGAGAAUAGGACUAUUGGUUUGGUCUUCUACAGGGAGCAAAGCCAUUUUCAGCUUGCCCAAGAGAAUAUCACAUCAAUGGUUGUAAGGAUAGAGCUGUUGGGUGAACAACACCUGCAAAAUCUCACACAACCAAUCAAGAUGAUUUUCAGAAGUACACCAACAAAUAUUGAUAAUGGCUCACAUUUAAUGUGUCACUAUCUUGAUGAAGAAGAUUUUGUCUGGAAAACAGACGGAUGUGAGACCCAGAAUGAUGAAAACAAUGUUACAUGCUGCUGCUCCCAUACAACAGCCUUUGCUGUACUACUGAUUAGAAAACCAAUUUCAGAAGUCCACUGGAAAAUACUUUCUUAUAUUAGUUACAUAGGUUGUGGCCUGUCAGCAUUCUUCACAGCUUUGUCCCUUGUGAUGUAUGUAUUUAGCCGAAACCACAAAAUGGACUUUUCCAUAUCUAUUCAUGUAUCUCUGAGCGGAUCCUUGUUUCUGCUCAAUACAGUCUUCAUGUUGUCUGAGUGGGGGGCAACAGUGGAGCUAGACUGGGUGUGUGAGUUUAUUGCAGCGCUCAUGCAUUACUCCCUGCUCAGCUGUUUCACCUGGAUGGGCGUAGAAGCACUUCACCUCUAUCUGCUGCUGAUAAAGGUGUAUAACACCUACUACAGACAUUACCUGCUCAAACUGUCUCUUGCUGGAUGGGGGAUUCCUGGUGUAAUUGUAGCGACAACUUUAGGAUUGAAGAACUUCAAACAGUUUUAUGGCAAGAUGGAGGUGAAAAUGGAUGAUACUGACCAAACCAACAAAAUCUGUUGGAUCACAGAUGACAUCUUCUUCUACUCAGUGAACCUAGUUUAUUUUACGCUCAUAUUCGUCUUCAACUCGGGCAUAUUGAUGGCAGUGGCAUCUAACAUCUGUAAGAUGAAACAAGUGUUAAAGAAUGACUUGAACUUUAAAUCUAAGACUAAAGGAAAGUCUUGGGGAGGCUCAGAGAGAUUCAGUGCAUCAUGCAAGAGUGGCUUGACUUUGUUGGGUCUUACCUGUCUAAUGGGGACCACCUGGGGCCUGGCCUUCCUGGGAUCCGGAUAUGUCAACUAUCCCAUCCUCUACCUUUUCUGCAUCCUCAACAGCUUACAAGGUUUCUUCAUCUUCCUGUGGAUCUGUCUCUCAGUCAAAAAGCAGAAGAAAAGGGAACGGGAGGAAAAAUUGACUUCAGCAUUUACGAAGACUUCCACAAACAAAUCAGAUUAGAUCUCCUUUUCCCCCACUCCUCCAGAUGGAUCCUCUGUAAUUCUCAUCUAUAUAAGAAGAUUAACAAUACCUCUCCCGCGUAACAUUUUGAGUGUGGUAGAUUGCUAA